AUGGACGAUUGCGGGUUUCACGACGGCAAUUUCCAUAAUUUGCUGGAGAGCAGAUGCUUGGACGUUCGACAUGACAAUGCUCGUGAUUUUCAGAUGCAUUCAUCAUUGAUUCGGAGGCUCUCACAGGAUGGAGAAAUGGAAGGGCAUCAGGGUUGUGUCAAUGCUAUAGCUUGGAACUCGAAUGGUUCACUCUUGAUUUCUGGAUCAGAUGAUACAAGGAUGAACAUAUGGAGCUAUGUCGGUCGAAAGCUCCUGCUUUCCAUUGAUACUGGGCAUUCGGCAAACAUAUUCUGUACCAAAUUUAUUCCUGAGACAUCGGAUGAGCUUGUGGUUUCUGGGGCAGGAGAUGCAGAAGUUAGGCUAUUCAACUUGUCUCGAUCAGGUGGGAGAGGUCCUGAUGAUACUGGAAUUGUUCCUUCAGCACUCUACCAGUGUCACACUAGAAGAGUAAAAAAAUUAGCUGUUGAAAUUGGGAACCCCAAUGUGGUGUGGAGUGCUAGUGAAGAUGGAACACUGAGACAGCAUGACUUUAGGGAGUGUGCUUCUUGUCCAGCAGCAGGAUCUUCUCAAGAAUGCCGCAACAUUUUGCUUGACUUGCGGUCUGGAGCUAAGAGGUCUCUUGCAGAUCCCCCAAAACAAGUUCUUGGUCUAAAGUCUUGCGACAUAAGCACCACUCGUCCUCAUUUGCUACUUGUUGGUGGGAGUGAUGCUUUUGCCCGUUUAUAUGAUAGAAGGAUGCUGCCUCCUCCGACUUCUUGUCAGAAAAGGACAUCGCCACCUCCUUGUGUGAACUAUUUCUGUCCAAUGCAUCUCUCUGAACGAGGACGAUCAAGCCUGCAUCUAACCCAUGUUACAUUCAGUCCAAGUGGCGAAGAGGUGCUCAUCAGUUAUAGUGGAGAGCAUGUCUACUUAAUGAAUGUAAAUGAUGCUAGUGGUAGCCCCAUGCAAUAUAACACAGGAGAUGUUUCAAAAUUAAUGACAUUCACUCCUGUGCUGAAUGGUUUGGAACUGCAGUCGGUUUCCUCUAUAACAUCAGAGAGAAGUGACCCCUACAAAAGAAAUGCUUCUCCCACGAUUGAUAUGUGCGUGAAGCUGGUUGAUAUUGCUGUGAAGUCUUUGAAGGAUGGAAACUAUUUCGAAGGAAUUGAGGCUUGCAAUGAAGCAGUGCAUGCUCAUGGACGUAAUAUUAGCCCAGUACUGCUGAUUGAAUGUCUUUGCACACGUGCAGCCUUAUUGCUUAAGCGGAAGUGGAACAAUGACGUCUACAUGGCUAUACGAGACUGCUAUGUUGCUCGCAGAAUCGAUAGCUCUUCUUUUAAAGCUCUCUACUACAUGUCUGAAGCUUUGUCACAGUUGGGGAAGCACAAGGAAGCUCUGGACUUUGCUGUUGCUGCUCAAAGUAUGUCCCCAUCUAAUAAUGAAGUGGCAGAAUGGGUGGAGACUAUGAAGAAGAAUAUUGCUGCAGAGGGUGAAGGUAAGGCAGCUGAAGGGGCACCAAAGUCCGAACCUCGAAGUGGAAGAUCUUUGUCAUUGAGUGAAUUACUCUAUCGAUCUGAGGGUAACAGUGAUGCGUCACAAGAUGGCCCAAGGCCAGAUAGAGAAGAUUCAGACUAUGACGAGGAGUUGGAGUUGGACUUCGAAACUUCAAUAUCAGGUGAUGAAGGACGGGAUGUUGAUCCCAACACUCUUCAUGGAAGCUUAAAUCUUAGAAUUCAUCGGAGAGGUGAUGAUUCAAGAGAAACAAGCUCUACAAAUGGAUCUUAUGGCUCGCCAUCUUCACAAAAUGACCAUGCACCUUAUCAGCCAGAACCAGCCGUUGACAUGAAGCAGAGAUUCAUUGGCCAUUGCAAUGUUGGAACAGACAUAAAACAGGCCAGUUUCCUGGGGCAAAGAGGCGAGUUUGUGGCUAGUGGAAGUGAUGAUGGUCGGUGGUUUAUCUGGGAAAAGAAAACUGGUAGAUUGAUGAAAAUGCUACAUGGCGAUGAAGCAGUUGUCAACUGUGUACAGUCCCAUCCAUCUGACUGUGUAGUGGCAACCAGUGGGAUUGAUAACACUAUAAAGAUUUGGACUCCAAGUGCCUCUGUUCCAUCAAUUGUUGCUGGGGGAGCAGCAGGACCUGAAAGUAAUAAUGUGGUGGAAGUCAUGGAAACCAACCAACGUAAAAUGUGCCACAAUCGUGAAGUUGUCCUGCCGUUUGAACUUCUGGAGAGGUUCAGGAUGCAUGACUUCACUGAAGGAACUCUGCACCCGUUCGAGUGUGCCCAGAGUUAG